AUGCAAGAUCCUCAAACUGGUCUGCCGUGUUGUUAUGUUUGCCGUGCUCCCUGUAUCCCGCUGAAUAGCCAAAGUACAAGCUACAUACACGAACAACUUCCUUUCUUGCACAUCCAGAAAUUACCGAGGUCAGAAAUACUCUAUAAACCACAGUGUCGUGCUAGAAUGCCUGCUGAACUUACGCUCCUAAUAGUUAUAUUCGUCCUACUAGGUCUUUUUGCUACACACAGGAACAUCAAGAGAUACAAUUGCAACUCGAUAGCUUCUUAA